AUGAAAAUCCUCGUCGCUUUUGCAGUGCUUUUCCUAAUUUCAGCGCAAGUGUUUGCAGAAGAAAUCGGAGCCAAUGAUGAUCUGAAUUACUGGUCUGACUGGUCCGACAGUGACCAACUCAAGGAGGAGCUGCCCUUACCCUUGGAACACUUUCUGCAGAGAAUUGCCAGGAGACCCAGACCACAGCAGUUCUACGGGUUAAUGGGCAAACGAGAUGCUGGUUAUGGCCAAAUCUCUCAGAAAAGGCAUAAAACAGACUCCUUUGUUGGACUUAUGGGCAAAAGAUCUUUAAAUUCUGGGUCCUCUGAAAAGAACACAGCACAGAAUUACGAACGAAGGCGUAAAUAA